CAUCAGAAUAUUCUUUCGAUCAGGAGUCACCAAUCUGUGAUUAGCGGGACUAUAUUCUUCGAAAACGGGUAGAGUUUGCUUGUUCAUCCGCCUCAAAAUGGGUCAGUUCAUGUCUACUGCCCUUACAGCGCUAGGUUAUUCGUACCCCUGUGGCAAUGACAAUGUAUUGUACUUCAAAAAGAUGAGCGAUCGGGCAACAACUCCAAGCCGAGGGUCAGAGUUAGCGGCGGGAUACGAUUUGUACAGUGCGGAGAAUGUAAUCAUUCCGAAACAAGGGAAGGCUUUAGUAAAAACAGAUAUCGCCAUAGCACUACCAGAAGGAUGUUAUGGACGAGUUGCACCGAGAUCCAGUCUUUCCUGGAAACAUCACAUCGAUGUUGGAGCAGGUGUUGUAGACCGUGAUUAUCGUGGAAACGUUGGUGUUGUACUUUUCAAUUUAUCACAGCAGGAUUAUAAAGUUCAGCAAGGUGAUCGUAUUGCUCAGCUUAUUGUUGAGCGAAUAAGCAUCCCACCACUUGUGGAAGUUGAGGAACUUGACGACACAGCUCGUGGUACAGCAGGCUAUGGAUCUACAGGAAAAUGAAAAGGGAUCAAUUUUAAAGUUUUGAUCAUUAUGUUCCUUGUAAAUAACAUUUGUUGUGUUUUCACCUCUUGAUUGCGCUAAAAAUCCCUAACUGAAGCAGCCAUCAUUUGGCCUGGUUUUCCUCCAUUUCUGUUAGUUAGCAAUAAUUUAAGCCAUAUGUAAUUAAGUUCACAGCCAUUUCUUGCAAUUUGUACAGUUGUCUUUUUUGUCUCCUUAAACCUUUCACUUCUAGUAAUCAAUGAAUUAAAGUCUCUUCACAAAUUUUA